GAGAAACUAUUAUAUAAAAUAUAUUUCCUUACUUGUUUUAGAUAAAGCCGCAAAUGUAUAGGCGUUGUUGUGAGAAAUAAACGCAAAGUGUUGAACUCAAAAUAAAAACAAAAAAAGUGAAGGUUGAGUACAUUCUAUCAACACAGAGUAUUAAUAUUAUCAAGAAAUGUCUGACGAUGAUAGUCCGCGUCCCUUUCGACGUGAAAGAAAUCUUAGCAAUCGCAACUUCAAACGUCGCGGCUCCAAUCGGCGCUACAGCACUGAAAGUCAUAGUUCCGUUGAUUCAGUGAGUCUCGCAACUGAAAGUAAAGAUGCAAGUAAUACUACUAGUACGGAUGAUAAUUUAAAUGUUUCGAAAGGUUCCAGUUCAUUGCAAAUCUCAUACUCAGUUAAUUCAGAUACAGAAAAUGCUUUCAACCGUAGAUCUUUAUUAAAAAUGAAACCACCAGCUGAAGAUGGAAAUGAGCCACAAACACCUGAACCCGCAUUAUUGCCAGUGCGACAAAAAGUUCUACACUUCGAAGCACUGCAAUCGGAUGAUCGUAUUAUCUUCAAAACAGGCAAAUAUAAAUCGAAAUCCUUACAAGCGCUGGCUGAAGCCACAUCCCAUAAUACACAACAUAGUGGUUUGCAUUUGGGGCCAUUACGUGUGUUACCGAUUUUCAAUAGAAAACUGAAACAAAAUGGCGAGACAAGUUCUAAUUCUUUUCAUGCCAGCAUUGAUGAGGAACGAUCCGAAGAUGAAGUCGAAGAUAUAACAGAUUUUGCAGAAGACGCUACAACACCAACAAAUGAAUAUAUUGUGCCAGAAAUUGCUAAAGAAUUAACUGAAACCAGUACAUUAUCCUCUAAACCUGGUGAAGAGUUCCAAUCAGCUAAUACAGAUAUAAAUGCCAAUGUUGCUGAGUAUGGGGUCGAUGAUUUCGGCAAAGCGGAAAGUGUGCGGCGAACAAUAAGCGCUGAUAGUACGCCUAUUAUUAAUAUUAAAAUUGAAAAUCAUUCCAGUGAGCAAGAUGAACAAAACAUUUCCAACACUGCUAAAAAAGAUUUUCCAAGAAACUUCCGCUCAACUCCGAGACCAAAGACUGAAAUUAUUGGCACUAUUAAUAGAAAUGUAAAGUUCAAUUCCGUUUAUGCAGAAAAAGACGAUGGUGAAGAGGAUGAAGAGCCACAGCUACGUGAAAAAUGUGAUAAAUUUGUGCAUCCUAUAUUGGAGGAACUUAUCAAAACUGAAGAAACUUACGUUGAGAAUCUGCUAAUGGGUAUACAAAACUAUGGAAAUAUAUUUCAACGUGCUGACUUACCAAUCGGACUGCGAGGCAAAAAAUACGUUUUGUUUGGAAAUAUCGAACAAAUCACCGAAUUCCAUCGUGAUGAGUUCUUGCCAAUGUUGCAUCGCAAUCGUAGAGAUUUGAAACGCUUAUUUCUUGAGUUCAUACGUUUCAUCGAUGAAAAUUGUUUCUACAGUUAUGUCAUAUUCACAAUGAAUAAACAACGAUCAUUAAAAUUAUGUGAUUUAUAUAAAAAUUACUUUAAGAUGAUACAAAGUGAUUUGGAUGAUAAGUUGGGUAUUAAUAGUUUUCUGGUACAACCCAUACAACGAAUGGCACGUUAUCCUUUGUUACUGAAGGAGUUUAUAACAGCUUUAUUUAAAAAUCGUGAAUAUGUUAUGAAGCCGUUAAUUGAGUCCUGUUGUCGAUUAGACAAAAAAGUACGCACACUGCUAACGACGACCAAUGAAUCCGAAGUCAUAAAUGAUAUUGUGGACUGUAAUGAGUUCAAUGUAUUUUAUCAAGGAAAAUUCCGUAAAGUGAGCGAUUUUCAUGUUUUCGAUCAUACACUCAAACGUAGUUACAAAGCAAAAGUAUUCAUCUUUGAUAAAUGUAUUAUCUAUACAGAAAUCAAGGGAAAAAAUCUAGUCUUCCAUGGUCGCUAUCCGUGUGAACAUAUUGGAAUUUCAGCCAAAACAAAGUCCUUCACACUCUACUAUGAACGACGAAAGCAGCAAGAAUGUGAGUUCAGUGGCGAUGCGGCAUUGGUAGAAACUUGGUUGGAGCUAAUACGCGACAUGAUAAACUCAUAUGUAUCGGAAGAACGUCAAAAGCUCCAAGAACGCUAUUCCAGAGAAAACGAUCACUUACAUCCGAGACCACUGAGUCUUUCACUAUUUCGUGAUUCAAAUCGUUUUAGUUCGGAUAGUGGUAUAGGAAAUAUUUGGGUUAUGCCGAAACCUGAAUCAGAAAGCGAAACGGCAUCAAAUCGUACCACAUGGUAUGCAGUAUCAUAGUCCAGGGAUAGUUUUAUUUUACAGAAAUAUUUAAAAUAUUCAAGUUUGGUUUGAGUAGAAAACAGUUGUAUUAGAUAAUUAAAUUGUAAUAUAUGCCAAAUAUUUUUAAAUUUAUUAUUUAUUCAAAUAAUAUAGAUACAAAAUGUAUUAUUUAGUAUCUAAUUUAACGAUGUACUAUAUUAGUUAAUUAAUUUAUAAAAUGUUAAAGUAAAUAAUAUAUUAAAGUAAU